GAACGAACGGCCCAGCAACUUUACUCAAACUCCUUCCAGCAGCAGAAUAAUUCCUCUCUGCCAUAAAUUAUAAAACCCUACAUUAUUUAGUUAAACUAUAAAUAAGAAAGAAAAUAAAAAAAAUAUAGUACUAAAUAAAACCCAAACUUUCUCUUUGUUAAAGUAAGACCCAUUAGCUGGACUGCUUCCCUCUGUCUCCAGAAAGGGAAAAAAAAAAAAAAAAGAGUUUGAAUUCAUGAACCGGCGGAAGCUUCUUCUCAAUGAGAGAGUCGAGGUUCGCCAGUUUGAGGAAGGUCUGCGGGGGUCAUGGCACCCUGGGGUGGUUGUUGGUGUUUCAAACUUAUUUCGAUCAAUUGAAUAUGAUGAACUCUUGUGUGAAGCAGGUGACUCAAAGCUCAUUGAGUCCAUACCUGUGACGGAGGCAAUUGAAGGUCUUCAUAGCCGUCGCCACAUUCCAUCAACCUAUCGUGGGCAUAUACGACCUCUGCCUCCCCUGUCUCAACCUUAUUCUAAUCAAAAUUUGGGUUUUGGGGUUUGUGUUGAUGCGUUGUUUGAAGAUGCAUGGUGGGAAGGUAUUUUGGAUAAUGAUGAUAAUGCAUCUGAGCGGUCUGUGUAUUUUCCUGAUGAGGGUGAUGAGUGCAAAUUCAGCAUGAGUCAAUUACGUGUAGCUCAUGAGUGGGAUGAGUUUAUGGGCAUUUGGAGAGAAAGAGGUGUAUGGAUAAUGGUGCAGUUAGCGAAGGAGCUUGAAGGUGAUGUUCCCUUGGCUUGUUGUGUAAAGAAAGUUUGGUCCUCCUUACGUUUAAAUUAUGGGUUCAUAAAGAUGAUCUCUGAGUGGACUUGUGGCGUGCGAACUGUUUGGAAGAAGUACUUCAUGGAAGUUGUUCAGGAGAUUGCAGUUGGGUCAAGCCGGCGCAAUCUUGCUAAUCGCAAAAUUUUGGCAUGGAUGGUAGGAAAGAAAGGAAAUAAAUUAAAGGAUCCUGGGGAAGCAAAUCCCCAUUUAGCUGAUACUUUCGUGCAGGCAGGGAGUUGCAAUGAUCUCAAGGCUGUUAAAUCAUGUCAAAAGGGAAAGGGAAGAGGUCCUCUUGGUAAGCACAAAGGUAGGAAACGGUCUGUAAUGUCAAAAUUGAAACAUGAGGAGCUAUCUACAUUAAAUACAUCUACUAAGAAAAGUCUUCAGGCAGAUAAAUCUUGUGGGGAAAAGCAAAUGACAUCAGGUGUAUCUCUGAUAAAGAGUAACUACAGUAUAAAUGAGUCUGAUCAGAUACCUGAUCAUUUUUCUGAUGCUAAUAAAGAAAUAUGUGCUUCUGCUCUUCCCAUACAAAAGGAGUCUGGUAAACUUGAAUCUGAAAUAGACAAGCAAAAGUCUCCUACAGUUUGUGAAAAUGAGGGUAAUCAGAUCUCUGUUGACAGCUCAGGACGAAGUGAAACCCUUUCUUAUGCUGUUUCUCAUGUUCAAGACAAUCAAUCAGCCUGCAGGAGUUCCAGAAAGCAUGGGCAGAUUGAUAAUAAUCUUGCUGGCAUUUUUCCAGACUGUAGCAAAGUGCAGGUGAGCAGGCUAGGGUUCUUCUCUGUGAUUCACAAGAAGAGAAGAUCUUCAUUAAUGAGAAAAAGGAUUUCAAAUAAAUAUCAACGGCCAAAUUUAAAGGUUACAAAUUCAUUGAAGGUGGGGAAGAGGAAUAACAAGGCUUUUUUUGUUGUUUAUAAGCUGAAAAAUGAUUCAGUGAUGAGGAAAAGGUUUUCAAAGAAACCUAAGCAGGCUGAUUCAAAAGUUGAAGCCAUCCCAAAGAAAAGGAAGAAAGGCCUAUAUGCCAUACUGAAAGAGGAUGACUUAAUUUCUGGUCAUCAUCAUCUGAAUCUUCCUUUUGAUAAUUGUGGAAAAAAAGUGAGGCUUAAAGACAUGGUGUCUCGUUCUCGUAGGCGCAAGAGGAAGUGGCGAUGUCGUGGCUCCCGACUGCGUGAUACAAUUUGUAGUGUCUGUCACUACGGCGGAGAUCUUAUUAUCUGUGAUCACUGCCCGUGCUCAUAUCAUUUAAGUUGCAUUAACUUCAAGGAUGUACCUAGUAAAAAGUGGUUUUGUCCAUCUUGCUGUUGUGGACUUUGUGGCUUGAGAGAUUCCAAGAGUUAUAGUGAACAGUUUACAAAUGCUUGUCUCCAAUGCUCCCGUCAAUAUCAUGUUACUUGCCUGAGUGAAGUUCAGAAUCUAUCUCCUGCAGAGCAUCCAUUCGAGAGUUUUUGUAGUGAGGCUUGUUAUAAGUUGUGUUCUCAACUUCAUCAACUUUUGGGAAUUUCAAAUCCCACUGCUGUGGAUGGCUUAAGCUGGACGCUGAUGAGAUCGCUAAAAACUGUCUAUAAAUUUCCUGAUAUGUCAAAAACUCACACCUGGAUUAAGCUAUCCAGUGUACUAAAGGUUAUCCAUGAGUGUUUCGAACCUGUCAAGGAGCCUCAUACCAAGAGAGAUCUGGUCAGAGAUGUUCUUUUCAAUUCAGUUUCCAAACUGAAACGAUUGGAUUUUCGUGGAUUCUAUGCCAUGGUUCUCCAUAAUGGUGAUGAAAUUUUAUCUGUAGCCACAGUGAGGAUCCAUGGACUCAAGGCUGCGGAGAUGCCUCUGAUUGCUACGCCUUUCCAAUAUCGUCGGCAGGGUAUGUGCCGACUUCUUUUGCAGGAGUUGGAGAAGCUGCUCACUCAAUUGGGGAUUGAGCGGUUAGUCCUGCCUGCGAUACCUCAACUGAGAGAAACAUGGGAAAAGUCCUUUGGUUUCUUGGAAAUGCCUCUUUCAGAAAGGCUGCAAUUCUUGGGCUACCCUUUUUUGGCCUUUCAAGGGACCAUAAUGUUACAUAAAUUCCUUAAAAACUCUAUGAAUAAUAAGGAGAUGAGAGUCAUAUAUUAUGCAGGAAAAUCUCUUGAUUUGGGAGGAAAUAUGUCAAAUGUCGGUAUGAAGCUCAAGCAAGGGUCAGAUAGCAAGGACAGGUUCUGUGGCUUGUUUUACAAGCGUAGGCCGAAAAUGAAAGUUACUGGGAAAGAAAAUUUGGUCAACAACUGUGGUGGACUCACGCAGCUUUCUGAGAAUUUGCACAAGCGGAGACGAAUACUGGCUUGCAGAGAUUGAAAUACUGAUGAGGUGCAGUAAUUAAGAACUCAAAGGUGAACAUCUAUCUAUACUGCUUUUAGGCACUUAUUUUGUUCAUUACUGUCAGUGCCAUUGCAGUAAAAUUUCAAAUAUAACUAGCGGACUAUAGUCACCCAUUUUGUUUAUGUGACUUACAAACAUACAAUUUGCACCAUUUCUUGAAUUGUGCAAUUAUGAGCUGUCUGACUUGCUAAUAUUGAACUCUCACCAGAUUUUGAAUUAUGCAAACUCUUACUUCUGAUAAACAGAAUACAAAGAUUUUUGAAUAAGAUUAGUUUUUAAAGAUA